UCCCCUUCUUCCGCUUCCUGGAUCAAUUUCGCCUGCGUUUAAGUGUUGCAGUGAUCCUGUCCGCCAUUUUAUUUUCUUCUGGCAUCGCCAUGUCGUUGCGUUGCAACAUUUGCGACGAGAGAUUCGACAACGGCGAGAGGCGGCCCAAGUCCCUCCCCUGCGGCCACACGGAAUGUCUCAAGUGCCUCAAGCGCCUCGAGGAGACCAGCGAUCCCCUCCUGUGUCCGGAGUGCCGUCAGGAGUUGGUGGGGCCUGUUGACGCUUUGCCGGACAACUACUUCGCCUUGAGUUUCAUCGUCGAAAGGGAACAGCAGCAGAAGCGCGCCGAUCUGAGGUGAGGCGUGGUG